CUAUUGAGCAACUCAAUAUUCCCCAGUUAUAUAGCCCAAGUCCUCUCUGUCAGUCCACGUGAGAACUGCCUUCAAAGUGCCCACAAUGCAGGCUUACUUUUCAAUUGGUUUGUUGUCCUACAUUUUACUGCUCUUUGGUCCUCAUCCAUCUUGUUGUCAACGGCCGUUGAACUGCCAAUGGGGUCCAUACGGGGAAUGGUCCCAAUGUGACGCUUGCACGAAAACAAAGGUACGAUCUCGCCCUGUGUUGAGGUUUGCCCAGAACGGAGGGGCACCGUGCUUGGGAGAGGCUGAGCAUGUGCUCCCGUGUACGCCAAGUAAACAGUGCCCGCUAAAGACGAGCUGCGGGGCGAGAUUCCGCUGCACCUCAGGCCAGUGUAUUGGUCGGUCUCUCGUGUGUAACGGGGACCAAGACUGUGAAGAUGGCCUCGAUGAGAGAGGCUGUGCACUGGGCAGUGAUGACGUCUGUGACAUGGACAAAACUCCCCCCAACUCUGACCUAACAGGCAAAGGGUACGACUUGUUGACUGGGAAGCUGAGAGCUGCAGUUAUAAACACUCUGAGCUUUGGGGGACAAUGUAGGAAGGUGUACAGCGGAGACAACAACCUCCUGUACAGACUGCCACAGAGCCUCAUCACGUAUAACUUUGAGGUCAAAGUUGACAACGAAGGGUCAGAUGAAUCCUACGAGAGCUCCUGGUCUUACAUGCUUCAUGUUCAAGAAAAUGCCCUGUUUCAGCACCACCGGAUCACUUUUCACGAAGAAGUCAGCGAGGGCAAGGCUAAGAGACUCCUGAUCCUGAAGAACAAAGUGGUGCUCGCCCAGUUCCAGAACACUGCGCCCCAGUACCUCACACUGUCAGAGGGCUUCUGGAGGGCCUUGUCCUCCCUGCCGCUGGACUACGAGUAUCCGUUCUACCGAAGGCUGCUGCAGACCUACGGAAGCCACUACAUGUCCGAGGGCAGCCUGGGAGGACAGUACCAGGCCCUACUGGAGUUCGACCGGGAUUCACUUGCAUCGACAAGCACAACGGACACGGACUACCAGAGGUGUUGGAGGAAGGUGAAACGUCGUCUUUUUUGGAAAAAAGUCAAAACAGUCUGCGAGAAACUGACAUCUUCACUCACAUCCAGCGGUGGACACAACACAAACACCCUUCGCGUCAAGACCAACAUAGUGGGCGGGGCGGCGAGCUUCAUCAGUGGCCUGGGGGUGCUGGACGUGGAGGACCCCGAGGCCAACGGGGCCAUGUACGAGAACUGGGCCUCCUCCGUCAAAGACUUCCCGGACGUCAUCGACCAGAAGCUGCGGCCGCUGUAUGAGCUGGUGAAGGAGGUGCCGUGCGCCGGGCGUCGGAGGCUCAACCUGCGGCAGGCCACCGCCCGGUACCUGGCGGAGCAGCACCCGUGCCACUGCCAGCCGUGCCGGAACAACGGCCGGCCGCUGCUCUCCGCCGACGGGUGCUCGUGCGUCUGCCAGCCCGGCACCUCGGGGCUGCAGUGUGAGACAGGCCCUGUGGCAGAGGCCAUCCAUGGCAGCUGGAGCUGCUGGUCGUCUUGGGGUGCCUGUUCAGGAGGUGAGAGGUCACGGGUUCGGCGCUGUGACAACCCCAGCCGCUCUCAUGGUUCUCCGUGUUCUGGAGGGUCGUCUGAGCGCACACCAUGUGAGGACCCAGAAAUCCACCACCUGAAGAUGAUGGAGCCCCAAUGCUUUGGUCUGUCUAUGCCUAUGAGGCCCACAUGUGGCACACCUCCUAACCUCCUGAACGGAUACAUCCGGAACCCUAAGGAUGCGUAUGCGGUGGGUAGCAGCAUAGAAUACCAAUGCAUCAAUGGCCACUACCUAGUCGGAGAGACCUUGGCUCAGUGCACCCCCAACCUGACCUGGACCACUGGACCCAUGCAGUGUAGAAAAGCGUCAUGUGACCCCCCGCACGUACGAGGCAACGUCAUCGCCACGCCCGCCAGAGCGACCUAUGAGAUCGGAGACAGGGUCUCCUUAUCCUGUCCCCAGGGGUGGGCGCUGGAGGCCCAUGAGCCCGUGAUCCUGUGCAGUCCCGGGCUCCACUGGUCCCCCUUCCUGGCCGGAGACGUGAAGUGCACCCCAGUGCCGCGAGCACCCACCUCUCCCCCGGACCUGGGCUGUAAGCUGUGGGAGACCCAGGGGGCCUCAGAGUGUGUGUGCAGGAUGGCCUUCGAGUGCCCGCCGUCCCUGCUGUUGUGCGCUCACCUGGGGGCGAGCCGAACCCGCCUGCUGAGUGUGUGUCAGCUCGGGGCGAUGAGGUGUCUGGGCCGUACCUUGUCAUUGGCCGACGACGGCGAGUGUGUGUGGCCGGCCAGCGCUACACACCACACGCCGGGCCAAAUCUGUCAAGAGGGGCGGUGCACAUGUCAGAACGCUGCGGAAUGUGCAGAGGAUUCUACACACCUGUGCGUCCGCCACGGAGCUUCCAGUGUUGCCGUGACGAUGACGCAGUGCGAGGCGGGGGCUAGGAAGUGUGCGGGAGAACAGGUCACAGUGAUCAGCAUAGACGACUGUCCCACAAUAGACUGACACGUGUCUGUCUGUCUGUCUGUCUGUCUGUCUGUCUGUCUGUCUGUCUGUCUGUCUGUCUGUCUGUCUGUCUGUGUGUCUGUCUGUGUCUGUCUUUCUGUCUGUCUGUCUGUCUGUCUGUCUGUCUGUCUGUCUGA